AUGGAGGAACAAAAAAUCAUUGAGCUCAAAACUGUUACCACAAAGUUUGUGAAAUCUUCUUCUACACCAAAAAUUGUUAGAAUCACUUUUACUGAUAAAGACGCAACAGAUUCUUCAUCUGAAGAAGAACAAGAACAUAAUUUUGUUCAACGUGUAAUAACAAAGAAAAUAGUGAACGAGAUUAGAUUUCAAACAAGUUCCACUCAUUCUAACAAGAAAAUCUAUAAGAAGAAACAUGAAGAUGGAGAAAACUACAAUGUUAAUGGUGAAUGUGGUUUGAAAAGUGUUGAUCAUAAGUUUCGCGGUGUUCGAAGACGGCCGUGGGGGAGAUGGGCGGCGGAGAUUCGCGAUCCUCGCCUCGGAAGGAGAAGAUGGUUAGGAACUUAUGAUACUGCGGAAGAAGCUGCUUUGGUUUAUGAUAGGGCUGCAAUUGAGUAUAGAGGUGCUGACGCUGUUACAAAUAUUAUCAAACCGCCGCAGAAACAUGAUGAUCAACCGAAACAGCAAAAGAGAAAAUCAAAAAAUGUUGAUAAGUAUAAUAAUGGUAGUUCAUCUUCUUCAUGUGUUACUGAAACUUGGAGUGAAAGGAUAAAUGUGCAAGAAUGGAUUAGAGAGAUAACCGGAGAAGAAUAUUUGGAAGAGUCAUUUGGUUGUUUUUGUUCUUAUAAUGAACAUGUUGUUCCACUUCCAACAAUGGUUUCUAAUGAGAGUUCUUCUUGCAUGGUGGAUAAUAUUCCUUUUCAUCUUGAAGAAGAUUUUGAAUCAUGUGAAUGGGAGGUUGAUAAUUACUUUAAUGACCCUUUGAUUGAGACAUAA